CGCUUGCUAAAAUUCACAUCGAAGCACUGAACUUCCCUUUUCUGAAGAAAGAAGUAUUGAACACGUUUCCAUUUACGUACUUGCAUUUACUUUCACGGAUUGUUCUUUCUUUUAGGGUGUCGGGACAAACAUGGCGUCGAGGCAAGCAGCGAAGGAAGAGAGGGCUGAAGCGGCUGCAAGAACUGCGGCGGACGAGCUCAACGAUGUGAACAGAGAGAGAAGGGAUGUGGAAGGAGUCCGGCAAGAAGAGAGGGGUCCUGGUGUGAUUGGCAGCCUGAUCAGGACAGUUCAGGGCACUGUGGUGCACGCUAAGGAUGCUGUCAUGGGCAAGUCCCAUGAAGCUGCUGACAGGACCCGCGGGACGACGGAGGAAGCUGCCGAGAGAACGAGGGAAGGAUUGGAAUCCGCCGCCCAGAAGGCGGCGGAGUACAAGGAUUACACGGCGGAGAAAGCUAAGGAGACAACGGAUUCUGCUGCCCAGAAGGCAGCGGAAGCUGGUGAGAAGGCUAGGGAGAAGAAAGAUUCCGCUGCAGAGAAGGCAAAACAAGCCAAAGACGCCACCAUGGAGACGAUGGGCGAGUAUAAAGAUUAUGCAGCGGAGAAGACGAAAGAAGCCGCCAAUUCUGCUGCCCAGAAGGCCAAACAGGCCAAAGACACCACAGCCGGGAAGAUGGGAGAGUACAAAGAUUAUGCAGCGGAGAAGGCGGGAGAGACGAAGGACGCUGCCAUGGGAAAAGCCGGAGAGUACAAAGAUUAUGCGGCAGAGAAGGCGCAGGCGGCUGCUGAGAAAGCAAGAGAGACUAAAGAUUCGGCAAUGGAAAAAGCAGGGGAAUACAAAGAUUAUGCAGCUCAGAAGGCUAAGGAGACUAAGGACUCAACCGUGCAAAAGACCGGGGAGUAUAAAGAUUACGCUGCCGAGAAGGUGGGGCAGGCGAAGGAUACGACACUGGAGAAGGCAAGGCAGGCGAAGGAUACGACAAUGGAGAAGGCAGGGCAGGCGAAGGAUACCACAGUGGAGAAGGCCGGCGAAUACAAAGAUUACACUGCUGAGAAGGCUAAAGAAGGGAAGGACACUACAGUAGGGAAGAUCACUGAGUUGAAGGAUUCUGCAGCUGAUGCGGCGAGGAGGGCUAUGGAUUAUCUUACAGGGAAGAAAGAGGAGACGAAGCAGAAGGUGCAAGAAACUGGCGAAGCCACGAUGCAGAUGGCCCAAGAUACUAAAGAAACAGCCAAGGGGAAGGUCGAAGAGACGAAGGAAGAAGCCCGGAGGAAAAUGGAAGACUUGAAAAUCGAGGAUGAAGCUGCACGGCGAGCGGAUGAGAAGCGGGAUGCUGCAGCCGAAAGGUAUGAGGAGGCCAGAGGAGGCAGCGGCGGGGGGGGGUUUGGUGCAAUAGGUGGCGUGAAGGAUGCGAUCAAAGAUAGGCUGAUGCCUCACGCAACUGAGACAACGGAGGAGACAGGAACACGGGUUUCAUAUGGAGGCCAUGGGGAGCCGAAGACGGGGCAUAGACUGACGGUGGACGAGGAGGGGACUCCGGUGGUCAUGGUGGUGGAUGUGGAUGAAACAACUGCUGGAGCCACCGCAUCCACCCUGAAAGAGGCGGAUCAGUUGACGGGUCAGACAUUCAAUGACGUGGGACGCCUGGGUGAAGAAGGCGUUGCACGCGUGCGAUUGGAUCGCAGUGGGAAGAUGUGAUUGAAGUCAUACGUGCAUAAAGUUGUGUUUUGGUUGGAGUAUUUUGAUGUUGUUGUUGACGGGCGUUUUCAAGAUGAUGGAGAUGAUAUGAUGUAUAAAUUCGGACAAUGUUUUGUUUUGCUUGCUUAAUAUCAUGUAUGUAUGGAAUCAGGUUGUGUGGCCUC